UUUCUUUUCCUAACAAUAGAUGUCACUACUUUCGAAUUCUUUUUAUUUUGGUACAACAAAAAUUGACCGAUUGGGAGAAAAAAAUAAAUAAAUUUCCUUCUUGUUGAUUGUUUUUCUCUUUUAAUUUAAUUAUGUCUGAACAAUUGGUGGAGAAAAAUUGGUUAACCAUUUACCCUGCAUACAUAAAUUGUAAUAAGACACGACAAAGAGGUAGAGUGGUUCCUAAAGAUAAAGGUGUUUCUGAUCCUCGUUGGCAAGAAAUUAAGGAUGUUUUGGAGACAAUUAAGGGUAUUCAGGUUAAAGAAGAGCCUAAUAAGGUUUACCCUCGAGAAAUGGAUAAAGAAUUAGCUCAAUUUAGAGGAAGAGUAAGAUAUACUUUACCUGGUGCAUCAGGAGGAGGAGGAGAUCCACGUUUCAAGAAUCGAGAUGAUGUGUUGACUUAUUUAUGUGAAAUGAUUCCUAAAUUAAAAUCUCGAGUAAAUAAGGGAAAUACUAACCAACAACAGAAUAUCGACCAAUCAACAACCACUGGAAAGAAAAAGAAAUCAAGGAAAAACUAAAACAUCUAAAUUAUAUAAGUGAAAUUAGUUUGGCUUUUUAAAUCUUCUUUUCUACAAAAUCAAAAAUAUUCUAUUCUCUUCUGUGUGUCUCUCUCUCUCUCUUUCUCAGUAUAUUGUGUUGAUCUUUUUAUUAUAUUAUCUCCAUGUUGGAAUUACAUGAAACAUGAAGCUGAAUGUUAAAAAUAUGAGAGGGAAAAACAGUUGCAAUGUUUUUUCUCUCUUGUUUUCUUUUCUUUUUGUUCGGAAUAAAAACAAAUCAUGGCUGUCAAAUGAAAAGAAA